CCAACCACCACUCAACAACGGGGUACAUAUCAAACUCUGAAGACACGAGAUACGAGAUGCUGAUAUAUAGUCACAUCUCCCACCCCGCAUCAAGUCAAACCAACCACAACACUCAGAAUGUCAGAUCAAAAAUCCUACACCGCAAGCUGCCACUGCGGCAACGUCAAACUCUCCUUCUUUACCUCCCCUCCAAUCGAAGAAACAGACGUCGUCUCAUGCAACUGCUCCAUCUGCCACAUCAACGGCUACAUGCUCACCUUCGUCCCCACGUCAAAGGUCACCUUUGAGAUGGACAAGGACGCAGUAACAGAAUACCGCUUCGCAUCGCGCAAUUAUCCACAUUAUUUCUGUCGCACUUGUGGGACGAGCGUGUAUGCUCAGUCUGCACUUCCGGGUGAGGAUCAGCCUACGGCGAUUAAUGUACGUGCGAUCCAUGGGAUCGAUGUCAAGGGGUUGAAGGUUUAUGAGCCUGAUGGGAAGAACUUGUAAUUUUUGUCGAUCUUGUUUCUCAAGGAUCUCAUUUGAUAGUGGAUAUUUGGUCGCGGAGGUGACUUGCUAAUAGCAAGGGGAGCGAGUGGUGUUCUGUGGCAGGAGGAUGAGUGUUUGAGAAGUUCAUUAUUUACCUUGAUUCUCAGUAAUCGACGAGCU